AUGGAAUUCUCGGAGACUCUGAAAUUCGAAAUACUGAAAAAGCUGUCUUACAAAUCUAAAAGACCUCCAAGCGAGAAGACCUGCAAAACAAAACUUGGGUUUGCUGCUGCAAUUGUAUCUAGCAUUGCCAGUGACCCCACCCCAGAGACUGUGCGUCUGGCUGUUGAAAUAAUUAAGCAGGUGCAGAUUUAUUUGAAGGAUGCAUAUUUUCCUUCUUUAGACAAAUUCAUCCUCAAAAUUCUUAAUAAAAGGUACAGUUCUGACUUAAUGCGGCUUUUGAGACAUGUAGAAGAUCCCGAAAUAGUGGCGGGGAUUUGCUACAUCAAGUUCAAGUAUCUGUCGGUAGUGGAUGAGAGAAUAUUUGAAGUGUAUCAUAAGCUAUCAGGUGAUAUAAAGUAUAAAGUUGAGAAGCUACUUGGCAAGGACAUACUAUUGAAGAAUACUAGAACGUUAAAUGUAGAGAAUAGCAUUGGUGGUGACAAAAGCAUCCGAAAAUGA